AUUCCCAGCGUGAGCAGGUGAAGCAUCCUCCUCAUCCAUCUGACAGCCUAGCCCUCGUCAUCCACAUUCACCAUGGGACUCUUCUGCUGGACUGGACGCUUCGCCCUCUGCCUGCAGCUGGUGCUGGGCACAGCUCUGAACGAUCUGCCAGCCUGCAGUGAGAGCGACUAUCAUUAUGAAUACACAGAAUGUGACAGCACUGGAUCCAGGUGGAGGGUUGCAGUACCAAAUAGAGAAAAGCAUUGCGUUGGAUUGCCAGACCCUGUAAAAGGAAAAGAUUGCACUUUCUCCUGUGAUUCUGGCCAGUUCUUGGACAUUAAAUCCCAGUCAUGCACACAGUGUGCUGCAGGAACAUACUCACUGGGAACUGGGAUCAAAUUUGACGAAUGGGAUGAGAUGCCAUCAGGAUUUUCCAAUGUGGCAACGUUUAUGGAGACCACUGCUGACUUUUCUGGAAACAAACCUGAUAGCUGUGAUAACUCUUCAUGGGUUCCUCGAGGAAACUACAUUGAAUCAAAUCGGGAUGACUGCACUGUGUCUCUUAUCUACGCUGUGCAUCUGAAGAAAUCUGGUUCUGUGUCCUUUGAGUACCAAUACUUCGACAACAACAUCUUUUUUGAAUUCUUUAUUCAAAAUGACCAAUGUCAAGAAACAAGUUCCUCAUCAGAUAAGUGGGUGAAACUCUCUGAGAACAGCGAAUGGAUGCAACAUUCGGUGUCUUUAAAAUCUGGAACCAACAUUUUGUAUUGGAGAACCACUGGCAUUCUUCUGGGAUCAAAGGUGGUGAAGCCUGUCAUGAUAAAGAACAUUACUAUUGAAGGAGUUGCAUACACAUCUGAAUGCUUUCCUUGUAAACCCGGUACAUUCAGCGAUAAACCAGGAUCUUCUUUUUGCAAGAUCUGUCCUAGGGACAUGUAUUCAGACAAAGGAGCUAAGGCAUGCAGUAAUUGUAUCCGGGAAACACAAUACUCAGAUGAAGGAGCCAGCAAGUGCCUAACUCGUCCUCCAUGCUCGGCUAAAGAUAUGUUUCAGAUACACACUCCUUGUGACAAUGAAGGAAAGACUCAGAUCAUGUAUAAAUGGAUUGAGCCAAAGAUAUGCAGAGAAGAUGUUUCUGGUGCAAUGAUGCUUCCAGCUUCUGGGAAGAAAGAAGAUUGCCCCCCCUGCAACCCAGGCUUUUAUAGCAAUGGGACAUCUUGUUCUCCUUGCCCAUUUGGGACCUUUUCUGAUGGCAUACAAGAGUGUAAACCGUGUGCUGCUGGCACGGAGCCCGUUCUUGGAUUCGAAUAUAAGUGGUGGAAUGUUCUUCCUGCCAACAUGAAGACAUCCUGCUUUAAUGUAGGAAACUCAAAAUGUGACGGAAUGAAUGGUUGGGAAGUUGCUGGAGAUCAUGUCCAUAGUGGAACCGGUGGAACUGACAAUGAUUACUUGCUUCUAAAUCUGCAUGUUCCAGGAUUUAAACCUCCAACAUCUGGAGCAAAUGGUGCAGAAAUUGGCAGGAUCACUUUUGUGUUUGAAACCAUUUGCUCUGCUGACUGUGUCCUGUACUUUAUGGCGGAUAUUAACAGAAAGACUACUAGUGUGGUGGAGUCAUGGGGAGGAAACAGAGACAAGCAGUCCUACACUCACAUUGUAUCUAAGAACGCAACGUACAUGUUUACCUGGGCGUUUCAGAGGACCAAUCAAGCUCAAGAUAGCCGACUUUACGUAAAUGAUGUUGUAAAGAUCUAUUCAAUAACUGCCACCAAUGUUAUUGAUGGAGUCUCAUCGAGCUGCCAUGUCUGUGCCAUGGGGUCUCCGCAGUUUGGAUCUUCCUGUGUUCCUUGUCCUGCUGGUCACUAUAUUGAGAAGGAGAGCAGCUCAUGUAAGGAAUGUCCACCUAACACAUACUUAUCCCCUCAUCAAGUCAAUGGAAAAGAGGCGUGCAUCCCAUGUGGUCCUGCAAGCAGAAGCAAUAAGGAUCACUCAGCCUGUUACAGUAACUGCAACUUCUCCUAUAUGCAUGAAAACCAGAGCUUGACGUACGACUUUCACAAUCUCAGCAGCGUGGGAACUCUCAUUAAUGGACCCAGCUUUACUUCCAAAGGAACAAAAUACUUUCAUGUUUUCAACAUAAGUUUGUGUGGAAAUGAAGGGAAAAAGAUGGCAUUGUGUACUGACAACAUUACUGACGUCACGACAAAAGAGAUGGAAGCAGAAGCAGAAGACGUGUCUAAUUAUGUGAAGACCUUUGUUUGUCAGUCCACCAUCAUUCCAUCAGACAGCAAAGGCUUCCGCACAGCGCUGUCAUCUCAGUCUGUCAGCUUGGCCGAUGCUUUUCUAGGUGCUACAACUGACCGAAGUCUCAAUGGAAUCACCAUUAAACCUGAUAUAUUCCCUUCUCAGAAAAAGAUACCUGAUAUCAAUUUCUUUUACAAGUCUUCUGCAGUUACUUCGUCAUGUGAAAAAGGAAGAGCUACAGUUAUAUCUUUGCGGUGUGAUCCCACAAAACCUGGUCAGGGUGAUAUUUCGGUUCCCAGAUUGUGUCCUGCAGGUACAUGUGAUGGGUGCAAUUUUUACUUACUCCGGGAAACAGCAGAAGCAUGCCCUCUUUGUACCGAAAAUGACUACCAGAAAAUAGAAGGAGCUUGUAAAAAUGGUCACCAGGAAACACAUUAUGUUUGGAAUGAGCCCAAACUCUGCAUGCACGGCGUCUCCCUGCCAGACAAAAGGACUGCAGCCUGUGAAUCAAUAGACUUCUGGCUGAAAGUGGGUUCUGGGGUGGGUGCAUUUGUGGCUGUUCUUCUUGUAGCACUGACCUGCUACUUCUGGAAGAAAAACCAGAAGCUAGAAUACAAGUACUCUAAGAUGAUCAUGACCGCUAAUUCCAAGGAGUGUGAGCUCCCUGCUCCAGACAGCUGUGCUAUAAUGGAAGGAGAAGACAAUGACGAUGAUAUAGUAUAUUCCAAUAAACAGUCAUUGCUGGGAAAACUGAAGUCACUUGCAACAAAGGAGAAAGAACACUGUUUUGAAUCUGUACAGCUGAAAUCCUCACGGCCACAAAAUAUAUGAAGCCCAGACAUUGCCUUUGAGACUGUGAAAAUAAUUUUUUGUAGGAAAAAGCAUAUCAUAAAAAGAAAUCAGUAGACGGUACCAAUAGAAAAAAAUAAGGCACUGAAAAAAAAUCAUAAAGAAAAUCUUUGCUGCCUUAUUACUUAUAGAUAGAGUAUUUUGCCAAAAAUGGAAUAUGUGGAAGUGUAGAAUUCAAGUUCAACUCAGGACAAGCAAAUUGAAACUGAAGAUGUUAAGCUUAUUGUGUGUUGCUUUUGCAUGUUGUAUCCUGUGUUUUUACCUCUCACCUCCUGACACUUAUUGCACAGAAAUAACAAUUAUCUUGAAGUUCAGAAGACUUUCUUUUCCACCCAUCUUUGCUUUAAAUGGUCACUAACUUUUUGGACAACUUUGCAUAAAUCAAUAGUACAAGCAACCAAACAUGUUAGUUAUGUUGACAGCGGUUUACCUCCCCCCGUUGCUAUUUGCUUUGCACUUUGAAAAAUGCCUUAAUCCCGUCCUAGACGGACCAACUCCACAGGAGGAUCAUAUUACACAUGUCAGUCUAUGAAGAGAGGAGGGGGGAGGAGUGAGCAGGAGAACACACAGAAAAGCAGACCGCCAUGGGCUGAGAUACAAACUUCCUAAGUGCUUUAUUCACACCCAUACAGGUCAGUACCUCUCUGUUCUCCAUGAUCUUGGGGCUGCUUCUGAGUGAGUAAGAGAAGGUUUAGAAGCAGAUUUUUCUUUACAUUCUGUGUGCAGUGGAUUAGAACUAGUCUUCACCCACCAUCUCUGGGAGAACGGCAAACUAGACAUUCCCUAUGCACAGAGAAAAACUGCAAAAAACUGCCAAGUCAUAAAGUGGCCAGAAAUAGUGUUAUUCCUCAUGUACACACAUAGUACUACUGAUUAAUGCAAAGUUUUUUGAAAGGUUAGGUACGCUUUAAAUGUAAGCAGUAAGGGUCCUUUUACACAGGCAGAUAAAUUGGCCAUAACAAGAUCCACUUGACAAAAUAAGCUAGUCGCAAAACUAGCAUUUAUAUUUUACAAAAAUCCUGUGUUUUUUGAUACUGCAAUCAUUUGUGCAAUUGUUUUCCCCUCUCAUGCGCUUUGCAUUAUACACGACAGCCUGUUUACACUACUUGAUGUGCUGCCGGCAAGCAGUCAUUUUAAUAUCAGCAUCCGAGAUGUGAUCAGUGGCAAAAAGGUGAAUUGUAGUUUGCUAUUCGAUGUUUACACUGGACAGUGAGCGUUUGGGCAGUUAGGGCCUCAAGUAAAAGGCCUUUAGCCUAUUGAAAUAUAACAAUGUCUUUCUAAAAGGAAUUGUAGCAGAAGGAUCUCUUUACUGACCAAAAAAUGUCAGUAAAGAAAUCAAUCAAAUAUCCUGUUCUCUAACAGAUUAUUGGACCUUUUAAAUUUAAUUUCCCCUUUCAGUUUUUACAAAAGAAUCAAUCAGAAAAUAGGGGGUGUACCCUGCAAAAUCUUUGGAUGAGAAUGUGCAGUUGUGGCUUUGGUCCAAUACCAUAUUGUAUUCUUAUUGUAUACCAAAUUGCCUGCUUUUCUCUCCAGGAACAGCGCCACAUGUGUCUAAUAUUAUGGCUCCAUUCAAGUGAAUCUCUUAGAAGGCUUAAGGAGGAUCUGUCACCGCUCCUGACUGUCUGUUUUAGUAACUUCUUGCCUCCCCCAUGUAAUAACAUUUCUGGAGCAUUGUUUCAUAUGACUGUAUGUAGUGACAUCCUAUUAUUUCUGCUAGAAGUGUAUGAAUAAUAGGACAUUUGGCUGUUACCAGUUGGGGUGUUACUAUCAGACUGAGCAGUAACAGCCCCCCCACUUGUAACACCUAGAUGGACCUUUAUUCAUAAACAUCUAUCAGGAAUAGUAUGAGAAAUAACACAAUAUAGAGUCAUAAGUUCAAGAAUUGUUAUUCCAUGUGGAAUGCUAUUAUUUACUAUAACAGACACGUCUUCUUUAAAUGGCUUGUCUGCUUUUGCGUUCUGUAAUGGUGAAAUAAAUACUGGCUCAUUGCUUACACCAGCCUCCUUCCCCACUCUCUAUGGGUGCCUAUGUAAACCUCCAUGUCCGCAGCAUCCAAGAUGAUGGCAGUCCCGAUUUACCAUUGUGGCCGCAUCCCCCGCUGCAUCCUCUAUUGCACUGCUGCCGAAAGCAUUCAGUGCAGGUGCAGAUACAGGAGAUUCUGAUACUGUGCUUUCAGCUCCUGCCUAGUAGAGGAUACAGACGAAGAGGCGGUCAUGUGGGUGAAUGGGAUGACUGCUGCUAUCUCGGAUGCUAUGAACACGGCCGUCUGUUUACAUACAGCACCCAUGUGUGCUGUAGUAGUAGUCGCCCAUAUUCCUGCCUGGAAGGUUACUGGAUGUCAGCACGCUUGUUGAGUAGCAGAAUAAGCUUGCACAGAGCCAAUUGCAAUAGCAAGGUGUAAUUAAAGGGAUAUGAAGAUAAAUGAUGUUUUAUAAAAGGAGUUGGCGGGGACCAUGGUUUGGUACGUACUGCAGGACUUUUAUUCUCAAUGUUUAGAAGUAGAAUGGUAAGAAUGGGUAGGGAACUUUAUUUUGAAUCUCCUCACUACUAAAACUCAUCAUUUUCCUAAUUUUCCUACUGAUAACUGUCAAAUUAUGGAAUGGUUUAUUGUGGAAUGAGUUGUACAAAUUCUGAAUGUCAUGUUAAUUCUUUAUACCUUUGUAGGUAGUUUAUAUAGUUGGCUUUGCACACAUACAUUUGGCCCCCAACUAAACCAGUAUCAAUUUAAACUGGUAUGUGUAAGUGGACCUUUUAUCUGGCUGAUAUCAAUACUAUGCAAAAAAAACUAAUAUGUAAAUGAUCAUGUGAGACCCCAAUAUGCGAUUUGGAUGUUUUAUUCAAAUUGCUAAGAAAUUGGCUAUUUUGUUCUACAAAUUGUAACAAUCCCAAUAGAUUAUAAAUGUGCCACUUAGCUACACUGCCCAGAAUUAACAUGGGACUUGCUGGGGGCUGAAAUCUUUGCUUUUGGUCAGUGAUUUUGUCCCUCCAUUGGACAGUAUAUUUAUGCCGCCCUUUAUUGGGGUGAUCUGAAACUGUACUUCUGAGCCCUAGCUGUAGCACUGCUUUAUUAUUGCUUUAAUAUACAGUAUGUCAUGUUUACACAGUAAUCGAUAUAUGAAUAAUGUACAAAGAGGCUGCUCUGACACCCAGCCCCACAAAGUCAGCUUUGUAUGAUCAGUCAAUGUAAAUGCACAACAUACAUUGCAGUCUAAAAAUGCAGUAACUGCCCUCCUUAGUGAGCUGCUCCAUUUUUUUAAGGAUUUCCCAUAAGCUAGUGCCUUGUACUUUCAUACCUUCAUUGAGACAUACUAUAUCUUCACCAUUAACAUUAUGGUUCUGGAUUACAAAUUAAAUUUAAUUCCUGCUAUCCCCUCAUAUUUUGUAGCAUGUUUUGGAUUACCACUUUAAUUGGAGUCUACAUUCAGUUUCACAUAUGGCAAAUUUAGUAGCCAUACCUGGAAUACCAGUUUAUAUUUACACUGGCAUUGAAAUGCCAUAUGGAAAUGACAUAACUGAUGCAUUUUUAGUUACUCCAAGUGCUGGGAUGUUAACACAGAAAAUUCCACCAUCUUGCAAAAUUCAAACAAAGUACCUCCUCCUAGUCAAUCCCAGUGCAUUAAAUGUUUUGCCAUUUGCUACAGUUAAUUAGUCACUAAACUUUCAAAAAUUUUGGAUAAAUCAGUAAUACCAGUGAUUAUAAGACACUUUGUAAUAUAUCUUAUCAGAGAAAAAGGUCUCUUUCUCCCUCUAGCAGCUCACUCCUCCUCUCUCUCCAUAGACGUCUAUGGGCAGCAUGUAAUCCGAUCGUUCAGUGAGCUGGCAGUCCGUCUUGGUCUCUCAAGAUGGAUUUAGUGGACAAUUCAGAGUCUGAUAAGUGGAGGGGCAUUUUCUCUAUUACAACACUUUUUACAUUUACCUGUAUUCAGGGGCGUAGCUAAAGGCUCAUAGGCCCUUGUGCAAGAGUUCUGCUUGGGCCCCCCUUCCCUCAGAGCUUUGUGGCCAGGGGAAGGGAAGCACAUAGCCUUCUUUUAAAAAUUGAAACUGCUCCCCCCCCCACGCCAAAUUCUUCACCUAACCCCUUCCCUCCAGCCAGAGGUGUAACUUGACCAGCAUGCAUUUUCUAUAAUGCCGGUGUUUUCUUAUGCCACACAAGGGUCUUUGGGCCUCCUCAGGAUCCUAGGCCCAGUAGCAACUGCUACCUCUGCACCCCCUAUAGCUAUGCCCCUGCCUGUAUUAUUGAUUUAUAGAAAGUUUUUUGAAAGUACAGUGACCGUUAAUGCUAGUGUGAAUGGGACCAGUUUACUAGCACUAAGAUACCAACACCACAGAAAUAGGCUUUCUCUGGAGUGUAUGUCGGUCUUGUCAUUAGUUAGCUUCCUUUUUAGCCUUCCUACUUACCGAGGGAGUAAAAUACAGACUAUUUAAAUACACUGUACAUAAAUAUAGAAAAUCUAAAAAAGUUCUGUUGCAGUUGGUGUACAUUUUGUUAUUCCGUGGAUUCUAGAUUUGUGUUGAUAUAUGUAUGUAUAUAUAUAUAUAUAUAUAUAUAUAUAUAUCUUUAUGAUUUAUUGAAAAAAGUAUAUUAUUUUAAAUAAAUCGGCUUUCCUUGUUUUAAAAGUAAUUUAUUGCUCUCCUCACAAUGAAUAUUUCUACCAUUAGAAAAUGUAUAUGUUGUAUGUAAUGUAGUUAUGUGUUUCUUACAUUGUUGAACAUUUUUAUUCAGUAUGAAAGAUGGAUAUUUUUAGGGGUUUUCCUGUGAGACAUAUUAUAUAUGGCAUAUUUGCUUUAUCAAUACUGACAUACUGUUUAAUAAAAACUCUUUGGUUGUUUA